AUGACAGAAGGUGAAUAUCCUAAAGCUGAAAGUGCAAGAGCGUUUCUACCAGAAGAAAAUAAAGAAUUUGUUAAGCUCUUUAAUGAACAGAAAUUCAGACCUAGAACUGCUAUUUUGAAAGUCUGGUUUGAAUAUCCCAAAAACAUGUUCUUCCAACCCAUACCAGCUAAAGAUAAAAUCACUUUCACGAAUAGAAUAGGUAAAAAGGAAACUGGCACUAAAAUUAGGUUUAGAAAUGGUUUUUGUUCAGAUGUUUUAACAUCGGUCGAUAUUCAAGAAAUAGUGAAAGCCGGUGGACGAAUUAUUAAAAUAUUAGAUGGUAUAGUUUACGAAGAAAAUUUCAAAACUCCACCCUAUAGAGAUUAUAUUUUAAUUUUGAAGGAAUUAAGGAAUAAAUAUAAAAAGGAAGGAGAUGUGAUUGCCAGUAACUGCAUGGAGUUUUUAGACGGUAUUCUAAAAGAAAAGAAAACGUUUAAGGGUUACUCUAACUAUAAGAUUAGGGUAGAGGAUUAUAUUCAAUUAGCUAGUGUACAUGACGUAACGAAUGAAUUUGAUAAACCAUGGGGGAAGAGUUUUACUGAUGGAAUAGUUAUUCCUAAUGAAAAACAAACUAAACAAUUUAGAAGUUAUCUGAAUCUCAUAAAGAGAAAAGCACCGGACGAUGAAGGAAUCAUGUAUCCUUACAGUGAUAAAGAGGAGAUGUGCUUGGAUGAAAACUACGUAUUUGAUGAUUUCGAUUACCUUACUAUUCAAGAAGAGUGUUAA